ACGAGUUGAAAGUUUAGGCUGCUCUUCGCUUUUCAGGUUGAGACCCCGAUUUCAGCUUCUUGGGUCGCAACACGUAGCCAAAAUCCGACGCUUCUUUCGAUGUCCUGUAUAGAAUGACCCUUGAAUCGCCGGAUUUGCAUCCUUUAUCAGCCCCCGAGGUGCAGUAUAUAUUCUUAGACCGUCGAGAGCAAGGCAACAUAAAGCAAUCUCAAGCUGUGAAGAGAAAAAGAUCAAGUGGUGAAGCUAGCUAGCUGCAAAAUUGUGAAUUAUCAGAGACUUGAAGACGUAGUCCAGAUACAAACUGUCGAGGCGUUGGAAGAGUUUGGACUCCGACAAUGGGUUCUUUGAUGGCUGGGUGGCAGUCUAAACCAUUGGAUGCUCGACAAUCAUUCAAGCGUUCUACUUCGUCGUUGACGAAUGACGAAGUGAAAAGGUUCUGGCGGGCGAAGCAGAACUCCAUACGGAGGCAUCUACGAGAAGCUACAUCAUCAAGCUCCGAUGGAAGUGAUUUCGAUCAAUCAAGCCCUCCGUUAACCCCAACCUCAAGUGGCAUGACUUUUGAAGAGCCAUCGAGCUUCGAAAAGGCUGACUGGUGGACGAUGAGCAAGUGGGCCUUCUUGAACCAGCCUCCAAUUUCUGAUACCACACAAUCCAAGUACAGAGCUCAAUUCGAAGUCGUGAGCUUCCGAGCAGAUGAAUGAACUCUCAAGAUGAAGCAGUGUCUGCCGCAUUUAUCGAGUCGAAAGAAUCGCGGGGAGGAACGUGCUCUCUUCAUCUUUUACAAAACCAUCUCGAGAUGUAAAUAUUCACGUUAUCUGAGUUCAAUUUCGAACUAAUGUACCACUACCGCACUUGUACGACAGAUUCAAGGUAGAUUAGAUUAGUCGAUGACUCCAUUCUUUUUCCUUCACCAAGGCGAAUUUCAUACAGAAAUCUGUAUUGCAGUAGUCGGAGUUUACUUUUUGAUUCAGAGUAUCGUGGUUUGAGAUAAGAGAG